AUGCAGAAGGUCGGGAUUUCAGAUCACUCUGACGUUCAAUACUAUGAAGAAUACGAAAAUAAUCGGUAUCGCAAAUACAAUAGCAGCCUCGGACAAGUGCUGCGGAACUAUCCCAAUAAAAAUUGUCGGCGACUUAUAAUUUUCGCGGAGAGAUCAGUCUCCGACGGGGGACCACAUGCUGCCGAGCUCGACUCGUUUUUCCCACCAAGCUUCUGGCGUAUUGUGGAGGAAGAUCUGAAUGGCGCAUUCGGGUUGGAGCGCUACGAGGAGGGAUCUGAGUUGACAUAUGACACAUGGAGCACAUUCAAGAUGAAACAUGUCUAUCAAGGCCAUGGGAUCAAGGGAAUCAAAUAUCAUUGGUCACAGGUCUCGGUCUUUACUCGCCAAUCAAAGGAUAAACAAUUUGUCUUGUUUGUUGACUGUCCAAAGGCUGUUGUGGAUCAAAUUGUACGAACUUGUCUAUCUGGUUCUUCUCGCUCUGUGGGGCUCGCUGGACAUGUGACAUCGGCUUGUCGUGAUCCAUUUAUUUGGCAUGCAUUAUUGAUUGGAGGGUUGGAGACUGAAUAUGAGAGCGAUUAUUGGGGACUGCGUGAUAUUGUACGGAAAUGGGAAAGGGAAAGACAUGGAGAGCCUGACUUUCCACUGCUUCAUGACCUUGGUCGACACUUGAUCCAUGCCAAAGAGAUAUUUGAAGUUGCCACCAACACAAUCAACAGUAUAGUGCAUCAUCACCGAAGUCUCUACGACGAAUUCCAGGCGACGGGAAUGAUAGCAGCUGAAGAACAAAAAUCCCGCCAGAAGUUGUUCAGAAUUAUUCAAGAGAAGUUGUAUAUCUCAGACAAGGACAUGACAGCCAAACAAGCCAGAGCCACUAGUUUGAAUGAGCGGCUUCACAAUGAAAUCAACUUGGCUUACCAUGUCGUCACCCAAAAAAGCAAUCAAUUAUCCAUUAAUCUUGCCUCCAUCGCACGGCGCGACAACGCCACGAUGAAGGCUCUUGCGUUGAUUGGUGUGCUAUAUCUACCAGGUACAUUCAUAUCCGGAAUAUUCGGGAUGAGUUUCUUCAACUACAAUCCACAAGGCAACAACAACAACAACAACUCAGGUACGGACUGGAUGAUGUCUGAUAAGUUUUGGAUCUACUGGACCAUUACGAUUCCUGUCACCAUCUUUACGGUGAUGUUAUGGGCCAUGCUGGAUGAAACGGUGGAGAUGUACAAGUAUUUUAUGAACAAAGUGAAGGUCACGUUGCAGGAUAAGUGGAAUGAACGUCCACGAUCCAAUAGGCAGAAAGACGAAGAAGAGGCCAGCACUAAUGACCCGUCCAUGAUGUUAAAAGUAUAA